AUGGCUAAUGUACAUACACUACGAGAUAUUAGCUCUAAUAAAGGUUAUCGUCUUGGUAGUAUGCGUGAGCAAGAGCUCGAAGAAACUUUACACCGCAGUUUAAAGUCCAUAUCCGAGCUAAAUGAUUGUAAUGAGGCAUUGCAAUCUAAAUACUUGAAACGAAUGAAGGCUUUUAAUCGAGAGAAAAAGAGGUGGAAUCAGGAUUCAUUACGAAAUAAUACUGAGAUCCAAAAGUUACGCACCCACGCCUUGCAGGUCAUUAAUGAGCAUAAGCAACUACAAAAUGAAAAUACUAAUCUUAUUUCUCAUAACGCACAAAAGGAUAUUUUUAUUGCUGAAUCCAAAGCUGAGAUGUUACAAAAUCCAAGAAAAUCAAAUUACUCAAGUCUAUGA